GCAAUACAUUUAUUGGCACAGUUUUGACAGCCAGCAGAGAGAGAAUGAAAUAUGAACCUCCAGCCCUCCCUUCAUACCCAGGUGCUGAUCUGUGUGCUGUGGCUGACCCUAGCUCCACCCCGACCUGCUGAGAGAGGGGGCAGAGAGGGUCGGGGGCCGAGAGUGGUCCUGGAGUGUGAGGUGGGCUCUGUGGUCGGCUUCUCUCUGGUGCUGGGCUACAUCGGCCUGCUGGCCUCUCUCUGUCUCCUCUUAGCCUUCCUGGCCAGGAAACUCCCAGACAACUUCAACGAGGCCAAGUUCAUCACCUUCAGCAUGCUGAUCUUCUGUGCCGUGUGGAUCUCCUUCAUCCCAGCCUACGUCAGCUCUCCUGGGAAGUUCACAGUAGCUGUAGAGAUCUUUGCCAUCCUGGCCUCCAGCUUUGGGCUGCUGUUCUGUCUGUUUGCUCCAAAGUGUUUCAUCAUCCUCCUGAGACCAGAGAGAAACACCAAGAAACACAUGAUGGAAAAAUAG